AUGGCGCUGUCAGGGAAUGGUGGUAUUUGAUUGUCUUAAACUUGUUAGCUAGCUAGCUAAAUUAAAUCCCUGAUUAAUUGUAAGGUUUUACGCAUCAGACAAUGCCUGUAAAGCAUAUCAGUAUAAACAUGGUAGUCCACGAAAGGCAGCUAGUCGACUAGCCUUUCUUUUUUUGUACUGGCGAUGAAUCACGGCAGUGAGUGAGACCGAUAGCUAACUUGGCUAGCAAUGUAUUUUGGUUAGCUAACCAAGCCUGGCUGUUUGGUUAGGUAGCUAGUUGGCAAUAGGGUUGGCUAGGGUAACACAGCACACCGCUUAGCUUUUUGUAGCUAGCUUGUUUUACCGAUACCAGCAGACGAGAAGAGAAAUGCAAAGAAUGCGGUCAGCUUUAUCCAUUUGAUAGGUAGUAGCAUUAGCACUACACAGCUAGUUAUCUAGCGACACAUUUGAUCAGAAUAGACGAGCAUAUGCUUGGGUCUAUGUUUUCAGGCAACGAAUUGGUGUAGCUGAUGCUAACUAGCUGGAAAGCUAGCUAGCUAACUUGGCUAAAAACAAUGGAGAACGGUUUUGGAUUUUUUUUCAUGCUGGCAGCUGGGAUACCACCGUUGUUACCGGUUGACGGCGCACCACUUCCGUAUCCAGAUUCAGGGGAGACGGCGGGUGUGGUGUACCUCUCUCUGGCUGUGUCAGUGUCUGCACUGGUCGCCUUGGUGGUUCUCUUGGUCAACUGCAUUACCUGCUGCAAAGAGCGCGAGAUCAACUUCAAGGAGUUUGAAGACAACUUUGAUGAUGAGCUGGACUUCACCCCGCCCGCUGAAGACACCCCAUCCAUGCAGUCCCCUGCAGAGGUCUACACUCUGGCUGUGCCCCCCCUGGCCCUUCCUGCCCCCCCAAUACUACAGCCACCCAGGAUUUCAGAGGGAUCCACUGCUUCACAGGUGGCCCGCCACAGCCUCAGCUACAUCCAGGAAGUGGGAAAUGGCUGGUUUGGCAAGGUCCUGCUUGGUGAGGUCUACACGGACCCGGGCGCGGCCAGGGUGGUGGUGAAGGAGCUCAAGUCCAACGCCAGCGCCAAGGAGCAGAAUGACUUCCUUCAGCAGGGGGACCCAUACCGGGUUCUGCAGCACCCCAACAUCCUGCUGUGUCUGGGCCAGUGCGUGGAGGUCAUCCCCUUCCUGCUGGUCUUUGAGCAUUGUGAACUGGGAGACCUGAGGAGCUACCUGGCCAAUCAGGACUGGGUGCUGAGGAACACCGAGCUGCUGCAGAAGAUGGCCUGUGAGAUCGCUGCGGGCGUCACUCACCUCCACAAACACAACUUCCUGCACAGUGACCUGGCGCUGCGGAACUGCUUUCUCACCACGGACAUGACGGUGAAAGUGGGAGACUAUGGAACGGGGCCCUCAAGGUGGAAGGACGAUUACAUCACCACGGGGGAGGAGUCAGCCGUGCCCCUGCGCUGGAUGGCCCCGGAGCUGAUUGGUGAGCUGCAUGGUAGCAUCAUCACGGGGGAGCAAACCAAGCCAGGCAAUGUGUGGGCAUUAGGAGUCACACUAUGGGAGCUUUUUGAGAAUGCCAGCCAGCCCUACCCACACCUGUCGGACAGAGAGGUGCUAAUCCACGUCAUAAAGGAGCAGCAGAUUAAACUCUCCAUGCCGCGGGUGGAGCUGCCGUAUUCGGACAGAUGGUAUGAGGUCCUCCAGUCCUGCUGGCUUCCCUCUGACAAGAGGGCCACAGCCGAGGAGGUGCACCGCCUGCUCACCUACCUCCGCAUGCAAGGCCAGAAGGAGUCCGAGGACGACUUCGAGCAGCGCUGGAACUCGCUCAAGCCCUCCGCCAGGCAGACGGUCGGCCUCACCUCCUUCCCCAUCCUGGAGCAGUUCGCCGACGAGGGGCUGAGCCGCGAGGUGGACGAGGUGCUGACCGUGACCGAGACCAGCCGCGGCCUCAGCUUCGAGUACGUGUGGGAGGCGGCUAAACACGACCACUAUGACAGCCACAGCCGGUCGGCCACUGACACCACGCUCAACUACCACAGCAUGUUCUUCCCCGUGCCGCCUCUCGACAAGCCCCUGUACCCAGAGUCGGGAGAGUACAAGGGCAGUCACGGGUUCAGUGCUGGGGUCCCUGGGGUCCUGCCUGUGUUCGAGGCUCACAAACCAGCCACUGGGAAUGAGUACUACAUCCAGCUGGAGGAUCAGGGGGAGAGCGCCCUGGAGGGGGAUGAGAACUGCGGUCCGGUGGAUGUUCGAGGCGGCCCUGAUAGCGGGCUGGACCGCGACAAGCAGCAGUAUGUGGUCCUGCGAGACAUACGCCUGGACGAGUCCAGCACAGACAUUGAUUUCUUUCACCGCAGCAUAGACUCCAAGGAAUCGAACUUAAUUGACAGCCAUGCGUGGUCGUCUAGUGAUGUGGAGAGCCCCUGCCACACCAACAUUUUUGGCGACAGCAACUCUAAGCUGAAUGACUCCAGUUCCUGGGGCAGGAGCUUCCUGGAACUGCCGGAGCUCCAUAGCUUCCAGAAGGAAGCAUCUUUAGAGGAGAUGACCCAGGGCACACAGAAAAAUGUGGUUGGGUCUUUUUUAGGUAAGGAUCAGGGGGCUGUUUAUAUGGAGAACACAGAGGAGGAGCCCAGUGUGAUGCAGCUUCUAAACACAAAGAAGCUGACGGACAACUUCCGGUUCCUGAGGGAUCAAAGCCUGAUGAAAGAGGACCUGUGCUCUUCAGGGAGUCUUGAGGAUCUGGAGCAGAGAGUUUUAGAAGCUGAUUUGAGCUCCAUUCCAGAUUCAAAUGUAAAAAUAACCUCCAGAGAGGUUGAUGAUAUGCUGUCAGGCAAAAGCGAUACAGGUGAAAACCAGGGGAAAUUUUCAGAGGAAUCAGUUUCUCCAGAAGACUUUUUGAAUUUACUAAUCCCACAGUUUAAGGAUACCUUGCAGCCUAUAGUGACAGGUGAAACUCUGGUGCCUUCAAGUACACUGGUUGCUGGAGAAAGCUGUAGUGGCCAGCUACAGUUACUAAAUAGCUCUUCCAAUGAAGAAUGUGUUAAGCUACAUUCCUCUGAAUCUGGGAUUGAUUUUACGUUUGACUCUACCUCUGAAAGUGCAGACAUUGAUUUCAGUCUUGCAAAUAGCCACCAAUCCCCUUUGCCCAGUGAAAGUGCCAAUAAAGACAUUCUGUGCACUGUUGCCAAAAACCCUAGCCUUGUAGAAAGCUUUGGAGUUUCACAGGGAGAUGUGCUCUCUUUAGGAUUCACAGACUCUUCGGAGCAUAGCCUUGUUCUUCCUCCUUCACAGGUCUGCAAAGAUACUCUGGGUAGUGAUCUUUUAGUAGAGCUCAGCAGUGACAGCUCAGUGGGAAAUACUGUUGAAGGCAGUAGCCUACCCAUGAUGCCCCCUGACAUGCCAUCAGUGAAUGAGUGCAGCCCGGAUGAGCCCUUGACGGGUCUUGAGGAAAACGAUGCAUCUCAGGACAUGUCUUCAGUCCUGGUCUCUGCUCCUUUCCUGGACCAGAUCAGUCAGGACAGUUUGCUUGAUGACAGCGUGUCAGCCUCUCUGCUGACCAUCGAGCAUUCGGCCGAGACUCCCGAUUCCUUAGAUUCUUUGGACAUGCACGGUCUGGUGAGUCCGGUGGAGGCCAUUGGCACGGGUUCCUUCCAGAAGCUUCAGCCCCCUUACAAAACUGCCGACAGCGGCUAUGAAACGGAGAACUUGGAGUCUCCCGAGUGGAACUCCCAGUCUGUUGUCAAAGACGCCUCCCCUGAGGACAGCGAGCCGGUUGUCGCAGAGGAGCGGGUCGCGGCGGUUUCUGGCCCCCCGGAGAUCAUUGUUUCUGAGGUGGAGGGUGUGCUGGAUUCUGUGCAGGAGGAGACCACAGCCACUCACCAGAGAGCUCCCUCACCACCCGCUGUUGAGCUCUUCUCUGGCGGCAGUCAGAACUACCGGGAUUCAGCCUACUUUUCAGACAAUGAGUCAGAGCUGGAUAAAAAGCUGGAGGACCUUAAUGGAGGAACCUCCAGCGAGGCUGGCCCUCAGCCCAGCGGUUCUCCUGGUACUGAUGUCAGCUGUGACAUCACUGGGGCCUCCGUUCCUAAUGGGGCUGUGGAGGAGGAGCACAAUGGUGCUCAGCCUGAUAGUCCUUCUCCCACAGAAGACCUGCGGGACACCAGCCCCCCACUCUUCAGGGGCAGGGGUGUGCCGGAGCUGGUCCUCACCACAGAGGAGGACUGGGAAAAGGAAGUUCCCGUGUCCAUUGACGACAUCAAAGAAGACGAUUUCUCAGAGGCCGUUCCUGGCUCUCAAGACAGCUCGGCUGGGUGCGCCGCCAUCGCAGAGCCCCCUGCUGGGGCCCCAUCAACUCCUGAACAGGAGCUGCCGGAGAAGGCCACCGCAGAAAGCACGGUUCACGAGAAGCUGGCGAGGUGCGCUCCAGGGGAGGGACCGAAGCUGAAGGAGCCGGACGUCGAGGGGAAGUACCUGGGCAAGCUGGACAGCAUGGCCAUGGUGGGCGGGCUGGAGGACGGCACGGAGGCUGACGAGGAGGACGAGAACAGCGACGACUCGGAGGACGACGUCCGCGCGUACCGCCUGCACAGCUCCAGCUCCGACAGUGACGAUGACGUCGUGCACCCAGUGCCCGUCAUCAUCACAGACAACGACGAUGCCUCCAACCUCAAAAGCCUGCUGAAGGCUGGCAACCCCCACACUUCUGACUGCUCUCCACCGGGUGGCGACAACACUGAACCCCAGAGGAAGGCUGUGUCCUUCUUCGACGACGUUACUGUUUACCUCUUUGAUCAGGAGACGCCCACUAAGGACCUGGGAGACCACUCGUCCAACGCCAACAGCAACGUGUCGGAGUUCAGCAGCCCGGCGCCCUCCUCCAGCUACCUUAACAGAUUCACAAACUCCGAGAGCUCCACGGACGAGGAGGGUGGGGGGUUCGAGUGGGACGACGACUUCUCCUCUCCGGAUCCCUCCUUCGUCACCAAGGCAGCCGGUCACCUCAUGGCGUCCAAGACGCCUCCUUCGGCGGCCUCGCAUUACUUCUCCCCGCCCCCUCCCGGCCGCACGCUGGAGCAGAGCUGGAACAGCACCUCCAGCUACUCCCGCUUCUCCAUCUCCCCCGCCAGCCUGGCCAGCUUCUCCCUCACGCACCUCACCGACUCCGACAUAGAGCAAGGAGGAAGCAGCGAAGAUGGGGAGAAAGAUUAGCUGCUGACGAAUGAGGACUUUCACUCAAGGAGUAAAAGACAUUUUUUAAAGAACUAAAUCCGUUGAAAGGAAAGCUAGAUGGACAUAUCGGAGUGUGGCAGUCAUGGACGCCUGGUUCAGGGGGAAGAGUGAUGACUUAUGGGAACAGAGAGAGGCUGGCUAAGGCCUCCCUGCGUGGUCUGAUAAUGGGCUGACUGGGCCAAGCCAAGCUGCAGAACUAUCAUGAUUUAUAUAACUUGUUAUUUUCCGUUAGAUUUAGUACAAAUGACGGUCUUGCUUCACGUUGGCUUUCAAAUAUUUGUCAGUUGCAUUCUAAGCAUCUUUCUUGCCUUCUGUUUGUAAUCCACUCCUUUCCUGAAGGAAUUGUCAUGUCAGCCAGUACAAAAUUCCCUGUAGGUUCAAAAAUCUUUGAAGAAAUGAGAGCCAGUUAAAAGGGCAGCUUUUGUCUGAUGUCUGAUACACUUUGUUAAUAACAAGAUAAUUACUCUUUACUUUCCCCCCAUGUAUAACGUGUAUUAGGAAUUGCGAUUUGUUUGGUUUAGAGUUCUCUGGCAAUGAGUAACUUCAACACCCCCCUGAAGCCUCAGCUUGUGGGGGCGGUCUCCAUAUUAUCACGUAUUGAGGAGAUCGAAGCUUUCUGUCUGAAUGACUGAAAGAGCCAGCAGGGCAUUACGGUAUAGCACUGGGGGCUAAACGACUUCUAUUUAAUUGGGUAGCUGAAGCAACAUUUGUUUAAAACAAAUGGAGCCUGCUGUGAAUGGUCUGAUCCGUGUGUAAAGAGUGAUAAAGGUUGAGAGACAUUUGCCUGUGUCCCAGCUCAUGAAAAUUAGCGAGUGUUUCUUUUAUGUAUUUUAUAUGUAACUUUGUAACACUUCGACUGCAGAUUUGGAACCAACCAAUGAGGCUUUGGCUUACAGUUGCUUUAUAUUAUUUAUGGGUUGUAUCAAGGUGCCGGUAGGAUCACAGAGAUUGGCACUGUUGAUUUUGCUGCUGUCACAUAUCCCCCAAAAGAAGAAAGCAAACCAUGCAGAUUAUAGGUCAUUUGAAGGAGAAGCGAGUUCACAAUCUGUAAUUCAUACAUUUCCGUGGUACUUGUAUAUGAAAUUGAAAGACGAUUCCCAAAGCAGUCAAUAUGUUCGAGAGAAGUCUACAGGGGAGACAAGCAUGGUAUAGGUACUGCCAGAUGCAUUUAGUAAAUUGAUAAGAAAAAGAUUAUUGCAUUGUAUAAAUUUUUUUGAUUGGACUCCGUUAAAAUGCUUAAUCAGAUUGAUAUUUAUGUGCUCUGUUGAAGAUUGCAUGGAGAGAAAAAACUAAUGGCUCUUUCUAUUUGAGAGGUUGCCCAUUUCUGCUUGUUUAUUUUCUAUUCCCUGUCACUUUAUAAAUCAUAGGAGGCAGUUUUAUUUUUUAUUUUUUUUGGUAAAUGCCAGAAUGUAAAAAUAAUUGGCAUUGAUGUUCAGGAAGCAGAAGUGCAAUGAAAGUGUAUUUUUAUUUUUGACACUAUUUAACUAUUUGUGUUUGGAAAGUCCUGUGUGAACGCAGUCAUCUACACUUUAACCUGUAGUUAGCUAACUCUGUAAGGGCUUGUAGAGAGGUUUGUAAAGUCGUGUUCAUUAGCCCAUACUCUGUUAUUGAAUUGAUGUAUGUCUAAAAUGGGCAUAAACCCACCAAUCAUUUGCUUUCUCUCCAUCUUUGUAUGUAGUUUAUUAUUCAAGGGUGAAACACAGAUUAUUAUCUCUAUGUUUCAUUUGAUCUGCAUCAGAAUGCCAGCACUUCAGCUUUGGACACUAGUGAAAAGCAGGCCCUAUGCUUGCCGUUCACCUACAGAAUAAAAACAUAUUUUUGAACUCCCACAAAACCCAGAGACCAGCAGCUUUUAGGUGCCAAAUUGCAUCCAUUUAGAUUGUAAAUUGGCUCAUGGAAGUUUAUUUAAUUUUUCUCAGUAGGUUUAUAUUUACUGGCUGAGUUUUGGUGAGUUUAUUUAAGAUUUCUCCAGUACAUGACGGCCAUAGCAUAGAGGUGUAGUAAGGCAGUUGGAAGUGUUUGACUUCAUCACCUGUUGCCUGCUGUACCAGUGUAGCAAAAUAUGCACAAAUACACAGUGUUUACCAUUGAGCUAAAAUAUUGCAGGAUCAGCAAGAUGAGCUUUCUCUUUGUAUGUCCUUGUUUGUUUCUGUACAGACUUUGAGAAGACAGUUGAUUGAUAUGUUCUGUUUGUAUGAUUGUAUGUAUGUAUACAAGAUUAGAUUAGUGUGUGUAUGCACAUACGUACAAACAUACAUGCAUAUAUUUAGACAUAGGUGCGUACACACACACGUUAAUACACUUCUGAAGACAGUGCAGGCAGUUCUUCCAAUCCUCCAGGUGGUUUGACACAGAGCCCAUAGUUUAGGAUGGCAUAAGCCUUCAUUUGGCUAAUUUAUAGAGGAAUCCCAAAGAUUGUUUUGUAAGUUUUGUAAGUGAACAACACAUAUUACCAAUUGUCUCAGAUGUGUUGUGGAUACUUGCCCUUUUUGUUUGAGUGUAGCAGUUAGUGUAUUUUGAGAGGUACCGGUAAAUAUUUGUAAUACCAGCAGCCUGUGCUACAGUUGAACUUGAAAUUUUAUUUAAGAAAAUUCUGUUUUAUUCUGUAUACAUUUUGCUUCAUCUUGCACAUUUAAGAAGUGUAACAAUGUUGAAUGGUACUGAUGUAUAUACGUGUUUAAUAUAAAUGUUUAACGUCUGUAAAUGGGGAAUGGUGUAAUCAAGUCCUAGAUCUGAGUUUCAGUUUAUUAUUUAAUUGCUUCAUAAAGGCAACAUAUAAUGGUUUAGCAUACAUGCUACAACAGAAUUAAGUAAACUAGAACAAGAACAGAAAAAUGUCAUCUUGUCCUUAAAAUAUGUAAAUUUUUAAAGUUGUAAUAUUUUUACUUCAUAUUGAUGAUCAUGCAUAGUGUAAUUCAAUGAACUGUUUAUAAUUACACUGUUUAUUUAAUACUGAGAAUAAAUGAAAAUUGCUUCUAUAUUUUCUUUCCCUUGAA